GGUUUUCAAGUCACCAAAAAAAAAACAACUUAUCCGCUCGUUCGCUGUCCGUCUUGUGAUUUUUCUCCUUGUUUCUUAAUUUCAUGAAAACUAACGGAAAAUAGAAUGUAACAGUAAAAUUCUCUAACGAAAUGGAUUUCAAUUAGUUCCAAGUGUUAAUAUGUAUAUGUGUUAAUAACUCCCUUUACUUCAAUCUGUUUAUCAUGUGUGGCAAAUACAUCAAUAAAAGAAUGAAACAUACUUACGUUUUGUAGUAAACUAGAACAGCGAUAGUGUAAAAAAUGGAGCACUCGGAUUUAGUGGCCGAGAUGGCUCAGGUGGAACACCUCACCACACAGGAGAGGCUCCACCUAGCACGAAGACGACGAAUGCAGCAGUUAAAACUAUGGCAGCAACGGGAGAAAGAAUGGCUGCGUUCUCGAGCGAAACGGGAGAAGAGCAACAAGCGGAGUAUAUACUUUAGUGAUAGCGUGAUGUUGCUGGAAGCUGCGGCUAGGAACGAUAUAGACGAAGUGCGGCGUUUACUGUCCCGCGGCGUGACGCCGGACGCGACAAACGAGGACGGCCUGACGGCGCUGCACCAGUGCUGCAUCGACAACAACGAGGCCAUGAUGCGGCUACUGCUCGACCACGGCGCCAACGUCAACGCCGAGGACAGCGAGAAGUGGACGCCGCUACACGCCGCCGCCACCUGCGGGAACCUCAACCUCGUGCGGGUACUCAUACAGCGCGGGGCCAACCUCCUCGCCGUCAACGGCGACGGCAACAUGCCCUACGACAUCUGCGAAGAGGAGCGGACGCUGGACGCGAUAGAAAGCGAAAUGGCCGCCAGAGGCGUUACCCAAAGGUUAAUAGACGACACACGAGCUUCGACCGAAAUGAAAAUGUUGAGGGAUGUCGAUGAAUUAGUGAAAGCAGGGAUGGAUUUGGAUGAACCAAGGGAUAAUCAGGGUGCGACGCUUUUACACAUAGCGUCAGCGAAUGGUUACAUCAAGGUGGUGGAAUAUCUACUGGAGCACCGCGCCUCCACCGACGUGGUGGACCACGACAUGUGGCAGCCUGUACACGCCGCCGCCUGCUGGGGACAUUUGGAGGUUCUAGAACUGUUAGUACAAUAUGGCGCUGAUCUCAACGUGAGGAAUAAGCACGAUGAAACGCCAGCUGAUAUUUGUGAGGAGGGUGAGCUACGCGCGCGCAUAUUGCGGCUGGCGGCGGACCAGGAGGAACUGAGGCGACACGCGGCCGCCGACCGCCUGCGGACGGCGCGACGGUCCUCUUCCAGCGCUAGCACUAGCCGCAGGGUCCGGUCGGUGCGGCGCACGUCGCUGCGUGAGAAACAGCUGACGGCCAAGGCGGACGUACGCGGCGAGGCGCGACUCAGGGAGACCUUCGACUCCGCUGUCGAUGACGAGCUACAGGGCCUAUCAAAUGGCGUGGAAAACGACCAGAACACCGCGAACCUACAACCGCUGGAGUUGUCACACAAGCGGCUAUCGAAUAGUUCUACCACCUCAAACCAGAGCUACGACUCGACCGUGGAGUACGCGGUGCCCAAGCACUCGUACAGCCAGCGCGGCGGCUCGCAGCGCGCCAGCGACGUCAGCGACCUCUCCGACCUUGCGCCCUCGCGCCACCACAAGAUCUCCAACCCUCUGUUCGGGGUUAAUGCCGCCUCGCACUACGCGCCCGGCGCACAGCCCGCGCCCUCCGCGCAACACGAAGCCGUCAACGAACAAAACAAACAUUACGAAAGAACGAGCUUACCCAAUGGCGUUAGAAAAGCGCCCGAGGGACAGGACAAUGAGAUUAUCAAAAAUGAGGACGCGAUAGACGGUAGGAAAGAACUGGUUGUGAACCCCAACCAGAUCGCGAUCACUGAAGGCGGCACCGCGACCUACACCACAGACAAUAAUGGUAAAAUCAAUGUUCAUGUCACCGUCAUGAUUAACGCAGGAACUCUCGCAGAUUUGAAGAAGCAGCGAUCUCAGAUUCGAACAAACGGCAGCCCGGUAGAGAGUAGCCUGACGUCGACCAACAACCACAGCAUGAACUCGCUGUCGGAGGUGUCGAAGGCCGACAUGCCGGUGCAGCUGAACCCGCUCAGCCUGUCGCCCAGCGCCGCCAGCGUGCCGCGCUUCUCGGGCAACACCAGCGACGUCGUCGGCGACACGCGCUCGCGGCGCUGCUGCAUCAUCAUGUAACACCAAAAUGCACCGACCACUGCGGUAAGCGUACAAGUCUGAUUGUCAUUCCAAAACCGAUUUUCAAAGGCUUUUGGACCACUCGCCCGGUUGACUAUUUCAAUCUUAAAAAUUGUGAUUACGGCUCUGGAGAUUAUUAUAGAACAAGAGUACUUUUUUGUUUGCCGCGACUGAAAUAUUGGAAUUAUCGGUCGAAAGUCAAUCGACGGGUGGCGAGUCCGGUAGAGAAAAUUAUAACGUAAUAUAUGAAUGUUGCCGAUAGAGUAUUGCCAUGUUUGCUCACAAAGCAAGGGCUUGCCAAUGGCUGGAAAACAGUGUGAUAGAUAUAUAAGAGCUCAACAAUUAUUGUAUUUUAGCAUUAAGAAAACUUGCUGGUUGCUAAUAUUUUACAUAGCGUUACAAGUGAAUCCUAUAUUGCAGUUAUUGUCAUUAUAUUUAAGUAUUGUAUUAUAUUUCCUGAACAUUCCAUUAUUCAUUUAUAUUGUUGAAAUGUUUAAUUUAUUGUAAAUAAUUUAAUUUCAUUGUAAAUUUGUAUGUUACAGUAUUCUUUGAAUGUUUCCAAUUAUUAUUUAAUGUUACAUAAAAUGCAUAAUAAGCAUUUGGAACAGAACAAACCGUAAUCGCAAUAAUGAUCGUAUCGAUUGUUCGGAAGUGCCUGUAGUAUUGGUCUAUAAUGCUGCUAUGUAUAACAUAGUAUGAUUUAAUUACUAAAUACGAUUUAUUUAAACAAAACUAAUAAAUUAUUUUAAUAGUAUUAAGUAAAUAAUAUAUACCUUACGGAGACGAAAGUAAAAAGUUAUUUAAAUCUUGUAGAACAGAAGAGUUGAGUAAAUCCUAACUGAAUUACUGAACCUAGCUGCGAUAACUGCCUUAGUUUCAUCGGACCACUCUAUGGCAAUAAAAUAAUAUCACUAGAGUUAUAACAGAUAUAAACAUAGUACUUAAUAUGGAUAUACAUUGUAAUACGUAUCAUACUUUCACAGUUUUAACAAUUAGAUAUUAUGCCAUCAGUAAUUAUACUAUUCAAAAUUAUAGUAAUCAUCAUUAAAUUAUAACAUUAAAUAUUCUUAAUAAUUAUCCAAAUGACUUGUCUACUAAAAUAAUAAUACUAUGAAUAAAGUAAUUUCUAAAUGUUAAAUAAUCAAUUAAAUGAAGUGUUUGAGUUACAAUUUCAAAUUAAGACUGGAUAUGUUGUGUAGGUUUUAUAUUUAUUAGUAGAAUACUUUCGGCAGCAUGUGCUACUACAUUUGAUUAUUACAAUGCAUAUGCGCAGUAACCGAAGCGUAUGUUCAUUCAGUACCUACACCAAAUACAACAUAGUAUAGGGAAUUUUGAGACAGCUGAGAUCGUGUAUUGCGACUGAACACCACACGACCAAACACAAAAGGUGUUCCUAAUAUGAAGCAGUUUUGAAAACAAUUAAUUAUGUAAGAAAGUCGGUAUGAUAAUCAUUGUUUAUGUGAACUUCGCGAUAAAAUGUUUACUUUAUAAAGUUUGGUAGAUGAAAUAAAACUAUAU